CUCGGCUGGGAGGCUCUCGGCUGCAGUCGGGUGAAGACUGCAUGCUGUCCUUCAGCGAACACCGAGCUGUAACUGUAGCGGCCAUACGGGGAAACGAUCGCAUUGGAAGGAUUUAUGCUCCACUGCUGACAGUCGACAACGUAUUGCAGAACCAUGGGCGUGGAAGUCGAGACAAUAUCUCCCGGUGAUGGAAGCACAUUUCCAAAGAAGGGUCAGACGUGCGUGGUCCAUUACAUAGGUAUGCUGCAGAACGGCAAAAAGUUUGACUCGUCCCGAGACAGAAACAAACCCUUCAAAUUUAAGAUCGGCCGCAACGAGGUGAUCAAAGGCUGGGAAGAAGGCGUGGCUCAGAUGAGCCUGGGCCAGCGAGUGAAGCUCACCUGCACACCGGACGUCGCUUACGGCCUCACGGGCCACCCCGGCGUCAUCCCUCCCAAUGCCACGCUGGUUUUUGAUGUGGAGCUUCUGAAACUGGAGUAAAAACAUUUGUGCAGGGACCCGGUUGAUGCGCUGUCUCCCCUCCUACCGGCAUCCCUCUCUUGUUCCUUGUACUAUUUAAAUGCAUCUCAAGUCAUACAACACUGCAAUCAAAACACUCACUGCCUUACAGUAUUAGCAACAGAGGAUAAGCACAUUACUAAAGUCCCUGCAUCUUGACUAGGUAUUUUCUAUAUAAACAAUGCUUACAAAAAACACUGACCUGAUUGCAUUGCCACUUUAAUCAGGGUUUUUCCUGCUGAAUGCUCCUGAAAAUGUUGCCAUGUUAUCUAUGAAUUUGUAACUCCCUCCCGCCCAAAAAGCAUUUACUGCACGUGUGGUUUCUCUCGUUGACCUGGUCCGAUGGCGUACAGAACUGCUGUUGCUGCUUACCAUUUUAUUGACCAAUUCUGGAAUAAAAGUGGCAUGUUAACUAUAA